AGUGAACCGCGAACCACGGUGCACGUAAGACGUAUUCAAAGUACUGUCGCAUCAAACUGUAAAGUAAUUAAUACUAAUUGGUGUUACAUUCAACUGUGUGUGAGAUUGCGUACGUCAACUUCCACAAGAUUCGUUCUAUCGCAAUUGGAAUUCAAACUUUUCGCUUUCACGGUGGAGCUUUUGAUCGCAGGGACUGUGUUUUGAAAGUUUCGAUUGCGGGAUAGAUAUAAAGUGUCUUACAAAUUGGUGUGUUACGGGAUUGUCGCGUGCAACUUAACGGAUUCGAUUUCCUGGUCCAUCAUUCGUAAUAUCAUUUGAUAAACAACAAUGACAUAAGAGCCCCACAAAAUGGCGCUACGACUUAAAAAGGACAUCAAAAAGGCUUCGUACUACGUGUGGUUCCUGGGUGCUCAGGAGUCGCGCGGGUUGCGGGGAGAGGAGUUCGCAUUACCCGCUAUAAGGCUUCUCGAGGAACGAGCAAGGGACUUGGAACCUUUUAAGGUUACUCUACAGGUCUCACACAAGGGACUGAAGAUUAUUCAGAAUGUAUCAGCGAAGGGUAAACAGCAAACCAUCAAACACUUCAUACCUCAUGGCAGUAUCACGAGCGCGGUGGUACAGGGUGACGUAGUGGCAUGUGUGCUGCUACUCUACAACCCCAUCACAGGAUGCCCUGUACACGUGCAUGCGUAUAGAUGUGAUUCAGAUCACACCGCGGAGAUGCUUUUCACGCACCUUCAAGCGUUGAUCGAGAGACCCGAAAAUCAAAAGAAAUUUGCUGACAUUGAGCGGAAAUUGCAAAUGCGUGGUGCUUUGCCCUCGAAGAAGCCUCCAGACUCUUCCUUGGGCAGUGAAGUCUCUAGGGAAUCAGAUUCCGGCAGCACUGAAGAGCGAUGCGUUGCCAACCUUUACGACAGUUUGGCCGCCGAAUUGAAACAGAAGUUGUCAACAGGUAAAAAGGGACUAGGUUAGUGUGAUUUAUUGAUUUGAGUAGCUAGUGAUCGCUUCCACGCAAUUAGUUUGCGCACUUUAGCGUUUACGUAUUGGUAUGUACUUUAAUUAAAGCUUCUCAUAAGAUAUUUGAUAUUUAUUUUCUAUAAUGUAAUAUUAAAUACAUGUUAACUGCAGUAUUAUAAACCCAUUUUACAUAAUAUUUAUAAUUACUUUUAUACAUAUGUGUUAUUAUCUCUUAAAGAUUAUAGGUUAUUUUAUUGUAGUUAUGUUGUUAUAGUAUGACUCACUUAUUAAUUAUACAAACACAGAAAAAUAAUAUUUAUUUUAAUUAUAUUCUUUCGCUUUUUCUACUCGAAGUGUAGCUUAUUAUUAUUGAUUUAAAGAUUAUUCGAUACCAAGUUGUAGUAUUUUGUAUCAGCUUUAUGCAGUAGAUAAAAUUUGUAUGUUUAGAAACAAUUCUAAACACUAAAAACAGAUCUGCCAAUUCCAGGAAAGAGUCCCAUCCUGCUUCCCCCGCGGGAUUACGACACGGUGCACCGUCAGAAAGGCAACCUCAGUAACAUAGAUACUCGCAGAUGUCUCAACCAAAGUAUCGUUGGAGUAAACGCUAGACGUAAGCUGGAGUCUUCUGGGGGCAGUUCUGGUAUCGGCAGUGACCUAGCACCUUCGCCCGAGAGAAAUGACUACACAAGGCAGCAUGACAAUCACAGCACAAGUGAGGAAGACUGGGCAGAGAGUACAGCUUAUAUGAUGCACGAGGCCUUUGAAACGUCACCGCCUCGCCGAGCGCAGUCUCCACAUCACGCGUCCCCGCCACGAUGCACUUCGCCCCCACGUCGUACUUUAUCCCCGCGAAACUACGACCGUGGCCCCGUCUACAACGACGACUUUACCGAACCCUACCGUGACCAACUCGCUCCCUUUAGAGACGCCACUUUUGAACGGAGAUUCCGUCACGAGUCUCUCGAACGAGUCAGCAAAGACAAACCAGACAAGUUUACUGAAGAAGUCCCUAACUAUAGACGUAGAUAUAUUGCUGACACCAAACCUUCUAAUCGGAGUAUAGACAGAGUAGAGGAUCGCCGCUUUGGCAAACUCCAACGAGGAGCAAGUGAAGGUAGCCUUAAGCUCGCUGAGACGUCGCCCAAAGACCGUUUCAACGUCGCAAAGGAGAAAUUCAAGAAUUUGGAGAGGGAGAGAUUUAAUCAAGAACUAGAACAGCAUAUGGCCAUACGGAGAAACAUGCUAGAAAGAAACAGUCGCUCGACUUCUUCCCCGGAGGAAGAAAGACGUGACGAGCGUCAAGAGCGUCACCGAGAAUUAAGCUCCCGGAGAGAACCUGACCGUUCCCAUCGGGAUUUAGAACGUACCCACAGAGAGCCGGAGCGGCGCAAGGACAUUGAACGCGUCCGUGAUGUUGAUACGACAGACAUGGGCCACAGGGAAAUAGAAAGACUCCCGCGCGUCGGUCGAAAGCGCGAUGAUUUGAAGCGAUACGAAUAUGGCACAGAGGAGUAUUUAAACAGGAUCGAGCCCAAGCCGCACAGAGAUGAAUUCGAUCGAUACAGAGAAAGGAGAGAAUUAGACCGGCGUAUAGAAGAAGAUGAGAUCAUUGAACCCGUCAUAGAAGACAGGCGAAGGGAAUGGACGGACAGGCAACGUGCGUUCAGUCGCUCACGUUUGCUGGACGAGCAGCGCCAAUCAUACCCUGAAGGCGACAGAGACAGAUACUACGAUAGAGAAUAUAGAGACUUCCGUGACCUGACCGAUCGGCAACCGACAAAGUUCCGCCACAGUUAUGCGGAACCGAUAUCUAGAGGUCGCCUCGGUACCGUACGACCCUACUGAAAUGCCAUACUAGAUCUAUAUAUACCUCCAAAUGAUUGACAACUGGCCAGAUUUCACCAAGCUCAUAACUGCCUGUAUUCUGUGUGAGAAUCAAUUAUAAAGUUUGAGAGUAACUGGCAUAGUUACCACAUGGAACUAAUGCCUGCACUGCGUGCGGAACCAUAAAUACUCCGCUUGCCAUAAAGUGUUAUAAUCUUUGUUUCACAAUUGAAAAGAUAGUUAGUUUCUAUAGUCAUUGAUUGUUUUACAUGUAUAUUAUGUUCAGUUUUACUUAUUAAUUAUAAAGAUUAAUAUUAAACAAGCCUCUUUUAUUAUCACACACUGUGCUAAUAUAAGAUGGUGCAAUAUUUAAAAAAAAAUUCUUGUAGAACCUCUUAAGACAGAGAUGUUAGUAAAAGCGUCUAAGUGUAUAAAAUCUGUUAUUGAAAACUCUUUUUCAGACUUAAAUUGUGAAUAUUUUUUAAUUAACCUGUUUUAAAGUUUGACAAAUGUUUGCCAAAUUACAUCUUACAAAAAACUGACAUACAGUAGGUAGCAUAAAAGACAAAUGUUUUUGAUAUGAGAUAGUAACUAAAAUCUGUAUACAUAUACUUUUAAUUGUUAGGCUUAAAACUCACGAAGCGAUAUUUAUUCACACCUGCAGCGACUGCGAUUAUAUUUCAGAACUCACGAGGCCGCAACAUAGAUUAUAAGUACAAUAUAAAUUUUGUUCGGAUUCCCGCCGGCGUGGAGGCAGCAAACUUGGCGGGAGAUGGUCGCAAGUCUAGCGAACACAAGGCGGAUUAUUUACAAUGGUACGAUUACCAAUAAAGACCACGAAGCCAUUCGCUUGCGCCCUCCCCGGUUUACGAUUGCAGAGUGCAUGGGCACUGCGACCUUCACACGCUGCAGACAUAAAUCGCAUCGUGAAAUCUACUAUAACUUUACAUUAACAUUUCUUAUAUUGCACGCAUGUCGCGGUCCCGCUACCGCUGCUGGCUCGGGUAAAUAUCGUUCCAUGAAAUCCUAGCGUUACUAUUAUUACAUUCAAUACUCAAGAGGUCACUGAAAUAUAUAUUUGUAAAUAUAAAUUAUGUGAAAGUCCUAAGCAACCCAUAAUAAAGUAGAAUAUAAGGUGUGUACUAUAUGACAGAUGUUCUUAUAUUAUAUUAUGAAGAGAUUAAUUACUAACAUAAUUAAUAAUUAAGUAAAACAAUUGUUAUUCAUUCUGAAACAUUUAUAUUAUUAAAUCAAAUAUAACAGAUGAGAUUUUAUGAGAUAGUAAAUAAGAUAAUUGAUUGUAU